GUCAUUUUCUAUCUUUGUUUCUCACUGAAUGUUAAACAAAAACGGAAUGUUCCUAGUCUAUUUGUAUUGUAAUCUUUUGUCAAACUAAGCAUUUUUACUAUUUGAUAAACAUCAAUAUAUUCCGGUAUUGAUCAAUAUAUUCUAGUAAUGAUAGUUAUCACGGUUUUAAAUAAUGCUUUGGUCCAUGAGUAAGAUUAUAUGUGUUGAUCAAAUCGCGACUUAACCUUGCCUCGUGUUCUUCCACGUUUUACUGUUGUUCUUAACCUCAACGAUGGCUGAUAAUGACCAAGACACGGGAGACCGAAAUGACGGCGAUAAUCAGAAGAGUGACAAAAUGUUUACUCUGAAGAAGUGGAAUGCCGUGGCUAUGUGGAGCUGGGACGUAGAAUGUGAUACCUGUGCCAUUUGCAGAGUCCAGGUUAUGGACGCCUGCUUGCGAUGCCAAGCCGAGAGCAAAAAGGAGUGGUACGGUCGGCAAGACUGUGUGGUCGUGUGGGGCGAAUGCAACCAUUCGUUCCACUACUGCUGUAUGUCACUUUGGGUCAAGCAAAACAAUCGGUGCCCGCUUUGCCAGCAAGAGUGGUCUAUCCAACGAAUGGGAAAAUAAUCCGCCGCCCUUCAGUUUUCCGAAGUGAAAUUAUGCAGCCCUCAUGACAGUACUCUCGUUAUCGUCAAGAAGCGACGCGUCCUAUCAAAGGUCAGGGUUUAAUUCACAUUUGUGAAUCGUAAGAAAGCUCAUGAAGAAGUUCUGAUAAUUCUUUCGUAAUUUUCUUAUAAUUAUAAUUCUUUUUAUUCUUACAAUUACUCGUCUGUAUCCGAUUGCCAAUGUAAUAAUUAUCUCUAAUAAUGAGAUAUAUGAUUUUUCAUAUUUAUUUAUGACUAUAUCGGCCAAUUUGUCACAUUAUCUCUUUUGAAUAAAAUAUUAAACUGCGAAAUGUUGAAA